GCCUAGGCGCCUAACAACCCUAAAUCCUAAUCCCGUUCAAAAUCGCCGCGAUCGCUUGUUUCCCUUGACGGUUCCGUCAUUUGUCUCCUUCCACCAGAGGCCGGUCACAGGUUAGCGAUCGCCGUUGGCCGCCGCAGAUCGUCAUCUUCCAUUCCGUGCGUCGACCCAGUUACUUUCUAGGCAGGGGUUCAGUGUUUUGUUAUGGAUCCAAUUGUAUCAGAGGUUCUAACUCGCACAUUCUCCGUUAAACUAUGGCCUCCCAGUGCAAGCACCAGAGCGACGCUUCUGGACAAUAUGACAAAGAAUCUUUCCUCAGAAACAAUCUGCUCCAGGAGGUAUGGUUUGUUGAGCAAGGAAGAGGCCUAUGAGAAUGCCAAGCGCAUUGAAGAUGAAUGUUUUAUCGCUGCCAGUGAACAUUUUCAGAAUGAACCUGACGGCGAUGGAAGCUCUGCAGUUCAGUUCUAUGCAAAGCAAAGUAGCAAGCUAAUGUUGGAAGUUCUUAAAAGAGGUCCUAAAGCCAAAGAAAAUGGAGAAGUCACAGCAGUUGGUGGGCUUGCUAAAACUGCUGAAACUUUGCUUGAUAUUUCUGGCGGAAAGAGGACAUUUAUCGAGGCUGAGGAGGCUAGAGAGCUUCUUAGGCCGCUAACUGUGCAAGGAAACUCAUACAGCAAAAUUUGUUUUAGCAAUAGAAGCUUCAGUGUUGAGGCAGCUCACGUUGCAGCUCCGAUUCUGGUAUCUCUUAAAAAGCAGCUGACCGAAGUAAAUCUGUCAGAUUUUGUUGCAGGAAGGCCAGAGGAUGAUGCUCUUGAAGUUAUGAAAAUAUUCUCCUCUGCUUUGGAAGGUACUGUUCUCCGAUAUCUUAACCUGUCUGACAAUGCCCUAGGUGAGAAGGGCGUCCGAGCAUUUGGUGCACUUUUAAAAUCACAGAAAGACUUGGAGGAGCUUUACUUGAUGAAUGAUGGAAUCUCCGAGGAAGCUGCAAAAGCUGUAUGUGAGUUGAUUCCUUCAACCGACAAGCUUACAACACUCCAUUUCCACAACAAUAUGACAGGAGAUGAGGGCGCCGUUGCUAUUUCUGAGCUACUGAACCGUUCUCCUUUACUGGAGGAUUUCAGAUGCUCAUCGACAAGGGUAGGCUCUAAUGGUGGAAUUGAGUUGGCCAAGGCUUUGGAGACCUGCACUCAUUUAAGGAAGAUUGAUCUCCGUGAUAAUAUUUUUGGUGUCGACGCUGGGCUAGCCCUAAGCAAAGCCAUGGAAAAGCUUGUUCAUGUUACUGAAAUCUACCUUAGCUACCUCAAUUUGGAGGACAAGGGAGCUAUUGCCAUCGCUAAUGCAUUGAAGAACUUCGCGCCUUCUCUACAAGUCUUGGACAUUGGCGGGAAUGAUAUCACUCUAAAUGCUGCCCCAGCAUUAGCAGAUUGCAUCACUGCCAAGAAAUCGCUCAGGAAACUCUUCUUGUUUGAGAACGAACUGAAGGAUCAGGGUGCACUUGUCAUCGGCAAAGCAUUGGGAGAUGAUCAUCUUCAACUUGAGGAACUGGAUUUGAGUAGUAACAUGAUAAGGAGGGUAGGGGCAAGAUGCUUAGCACAGGUAGUUUCAAAUAAACCUGACUUUAAACUGCUGAACAUAAAUGGGAAUUUUAUACCGGAUGAAGGCAUCGAUGAGGUAAAGGAAAUACUGAAGAAGGGCAAAACCUCUGAGGAUGUACUUGGUUCAUUGGACGAGAAUGAUCCAGAAGGCGAGGACGAAGAGGAAGAGGAUGGUGAUGCCGAAGAGGAGCAUGGCCAAUUAGAGUCUAAACUACAUCUUCUCAAAGUAAAGGAUUAGAUGGAUUAUUAGUGUGCACGAGAUGGGAAAAUUAAUCUUACCAUUAAUUUAAGCAAUAUUGCUAUUGCAUUGGGCUUGUUUCCAACUUUUGUCGAACAAUGUAGUUUGGCUUGAUCGGUAGCAUCGUCUCUUUAGAUGGUUA